AUGGCAGAAGGAGACAGUUGCCUUGGCAGCCAGUUCAGCUUCUGCUCGCGCGCUCAAUGGGACCAGCGCUGCAGUGAGCAGGUGGAGGUCCACACGGAGCGGAGGGGGGUGAUCUACAGCCCCUCCUGGCCGGCCAACUACCCGCCGGGGGUCAACUGCAGCUGGCGCAUCCAGGGGGGUCCCGGGGAGGUCGUCACCAUCAGCUUCCGCAGCUUCGACGUGGCGGAGUCGGCCCGGUGCGCGGGGGACUGGUUGGUGCUGGCGCCGGCGUGGAGCGGGGACCCCCGGCUGUGCGGCUCGGUGCUGCCCCCCCCCUUCAUCUCCAGCAGGGGGCGCGUCUGGCUGCACUUCCACUCCCAGGCCAACAGCUCCGGCCAAGCCCAGGGCUUCCGGCUGUCCUUCAUCAGAGGAUGGUCAGCCCACUCGCCAGUUUGGUUUGCGUCAGUGUGGACACAGUGGGACACCCUGCCACCCUUUGCAGAAGUUUAUAGGUCGGACGAGUUCCUGUGCGGGAACGGCAAGUGCGUGCCGCGCGCGUGGCGCUGUAACGCGCACGACGAGUGCGGCGACGGCACGGACGAGCGCGGCUGCCCGCCGCCGCCCUCCACCGACCCCUGGCCGGGCCGGUGCCCGCCGGGCUCCGUGGCCUGCGCGCGCGCGCAGACCACGCGCUGCCUGCCGGCCGCGCUGCGCUGCGACGGCGCGCCGGACUGUCCGGACGGCAGCGACGAGCUGUCCUGCCCGGACACGGCCUGCGGCCGGAGGCUGGGCGGCUUCUACGGCUCCUUCGCCUCGCCGGACUUCUUCCGCGCCGCGGCCCCCGAGCGCCGCUGCUCCUGGCUGCUGGACACCCGCGACCCCAAGCCCCUGCUGCUGCAGCUGGACCUGCGGCUGGGGCCCGGGGACUCGCUGCGCGUGUACGACGGGCCGCUGCCGCGCACGGAGCGCCUCCUGCAGGCGCUGACGCAGCGCGACAACCGGCGCCCGGCGCUGCUGGAGUCCAGCCGCGGUCAGAUGAGCGUGCUGUACGCCGCCCUGCCGCGCAGCCCCGGGAGAGGCUUCAACGCCACCUACCAGUGCUUUGAAUCUGAUACAGAUGCUGUAGAAAUCCAGCCUUUAGUCGCUGCGACGGCUACUGGCACUGCCCGUCGGGCCGGGACGAGGAGGCCUGCGCCGCCUGCCCGGACGGGGAGUUCCCCUGCGAGGGGGGGGGGCGGCUCCCCCGGCCCCGCUGAGGGCGGCGGAGGCCCCAGCGGCCCCGGCGGCCCCGGCGGCGUGGUCUGCUACCCGGCCUCGGAGCGCUGCAACAACCAGAAGAGGUGCCCGGACGGCUCGGACGAGAAGAACUGCCACGACUGCCAGCCGGGGAACUUCCACUGCGGCACCAACCUGUGCAUCUUCGAGACGUGGCGCUGCGACGGCCAGGAGGACUGCCUGGACGGCAGCGACGAGCGGGACUGCCUGGCCGCCGUGCCCCGCAAGGUGAUCACGGUGGUGCUGAUCGGCAGCCUGGUCUGCAGCCUGCUGCUGGUCAUCGCGCUGGGCUGCGCCCUCAAACUGCACUCCCUCAGGAACAGAGAGUACAGAGCCUUCGAGACCCAGAUGACUCGCAUGGAGGCCGAGUUUGUCCAGAGAGAAGCUCCUCCCUCAUACGGGCAGCUGAUAGCCCAGGGUCUCAUCCCCCCGGUGGAGGAUUUCCCGGUGUACAACCCCACCCAGGCCUCGGUCUUGCAGAACCUUCGGCUGGCCAUGCGGAGACAGAUGCGGCGCCACUCCACGCGGCGCCCGGCCUCGUCCUCCUCCCGCCGCCGUCUGGGGGUCCUGUGGAGCCGGCUGUUCCGCGGCGGGGGGUCCCGGGCCCGGGGCCACGCCCCGCUGCUGGACCCGCCCGGCCCCGCGCAGAUCACGCUGGGGCUGCACUGCUACCGGACGGCGGGCGAGCCGGGGGGCGGGUCAGCGGGGUCAGCGGGGUCAGCGGAGAGCCCCCGCUCAAGGGCCGAGACCCCGGAGAGCCCCGCCUCGCCGCUGUCCUUCCGCUCGGACGGGGAGGAGGCGUCCCCCCUCAGCAGCCCCAGGAGCCCGCAGUCCGGGCCCGCCACGCCCUCGCCGGGCGACCCCCCCCCGGCCGGCCGCCCGCCGCUCCCCCCCGCCGCCGCCGCCUCCCAGCCGUCCGCCCUGCCCCCCCGCCACCGCCGGCCGUCCAGGAAGCUGGUCCUGGAGCUGGCCGUCAACCUGAAGGGCGUCUCCCUCCGGCGCUACUCGCCGCUGGGGCCGCUGUCCCCCGCCUCGCCGCUCCUGGCGCCGGGCGGCUCGCCCCCCCUCUCAGAGGUCAGCUCACCCGCUCAGGCCACGCCCCCAGAGGCCAGCGGCCACCUGUCUGCGGACGAGCCCCGCAAGGACGAGAGGAGGAAGGUUCACAGAGGCGCCGAGUGA